ACCUCCUUAUCCGCCAGUGUGGAGCGAGCUGAGCUGCUUCCCUCUCUUCCUCCCAUGGCGCCAUUUUAUCGCCUUCUUCGAAACAAAUUUUGAAACAAUCUUUUUGUAAAUAAAACAAAAAUAUGGCUAUUUCCACGGCGAAGUUAUCGGAGAUCCCCUUCCACCAUGGCCCCCUUCCCCUCUGCUCCCGCCCCUCUAUCUCUCUCCUCCGUUGCCGCUUCCGCCUCCUAUUCUCCGCCUCCGCCUCCGCCUCCGCCUCCCUCCGCCUUGCCGAGCGCAGUGGCGGCGGAGGCGACUCCCACGCCCGCCGCACCCCCAAACCUCGCAAAUACCCCUGGGACGACGACUCCGCUGCCGGAGAAAACCCUAACCCUAGAAACCCCACCGGCUCCCGCCCCCUCCGCCCUGCCCCCUCUGCCCCCUGGCUCCAGCAAUGGGCCGCUCCCGAUCCCCUCCCCCCCGCCCCACCGCCGCCCUCGGAGAGGAGCCCGGCCGCCACUGGAGGCCGCUCUCAAAGCGACGCCGGCCGUGGCUCUAUCGAGAGGAUCGUGCACCGGCUGCGGAAUUUAGGGCUGGGUCUCGACGAGGACGAGGAGGUGGGAAGCUCGGAGGAGGCGCGGCCGCUGGAUGGGAGAGAGAAGCUGGGGGAUUUGCUCGAACGGAGCUGGAACCGCCCCGAUUUGCCCAGUCCGGACGGGGCGGUCCUGCCAUGGGAGAGGGAAUGGGAGAGUGGGUUUGAAGGGGAGGGGGAGGGUUUGAAGAAGAGGAGGGUGAGGGCGCCGACCCUGGCGGAGCUGACGAUCGAGGAUUCGGAGCUGAGGAGGCUGAGGCGGCAUGGGAUGAUGCUGAGGGAGAGGAUGACGAUUCCGAAGGCUGGUGUCACGCAGGCUAUAGUGGAGAAGAUCCACGAUGCCUGGCGGAAGUCGGAGCUAGUCCGGCUCAAGUUCCAUGAGGCAUUGGCCCAUGACAUGAAGACGGCACAUGAGCUUGUCGAGCGUCGGACUGGAGGAUUGGUUAUAUGGAGAUCAGGAAGUGUUAUGGUGGUCUAUCGUGGUAGUAACUACAAAUGGCCUUCUAGGUCUCAAUCUUCAGAUCUUGAAGCCAAGUCUACAAAAUUAUCUGAUGAAGGCAGCACAUUAUUCAUUCCAGCUGUUUCAGGUGCUCCCAAAUUAGUUGAUGAGAAAGACAUUCAUUCUAUAUCUUCAACAGCAGAACAGGCCAGACCAUCUCUAAUGAUCCCUGAGAGCACUGAAAGCAUGACAGAGGAGGAAGCAGAAUAUAAUCAAUUGCUUGAUGAGUUAGGUCCUCGCUUCGUUGAUUGGUGGGGUACUGGAAUUUUACCUGUGGAUGCUGACUUACUACCUCAAACUAUUCCUGGCUAUAAAACGCCAUUUAGACUUCUUCCCAUGGGGAUGCGGUCACGACUUACCAAUGCUGAGAUGACCAAUAUGCGAAAGCUGGCAAAAACUCUUCCUUGUCAUUUUGCCCUCGGCAGAAAUAGACACCAUCAAGGCUUGGCAGUUGCUAUUCUGAAGCUCUGGGAAAAGAGCUUAGUGGUGAAAAUUGCUGUCAAACGGGGAAUUCAGAAUACAAACAAUAAGCUAAUGGCUGAGGAGUUGAAGAAACUGACAGGAGGAAUCUUGCUUCUCCGGAACAAAUAUUACAUUGUCAUCUAUCGCGGGAAGGAUUUUCUUCCAACCUCAGUGGCCUCUGCUUUGUCCGAAAGGCAGGAAUUGACAAGAAAUAUUCAAGAUCUAGAGGAGAAAGCACGCAACAGAAUGGUUGGGGAAUCUCAUGCUGAUGGACUUGGAGCGCAUGCACUUGUAGGUACAUUAGCUGAAUUUCAGGAGGCUGAGGCACGGUGGGGAAGAAAUGUAUCUGCUGAGGAAUAUGAGGCAAUGAAAGAAGAAGCUUCCAGAUCUGAAAGGGCUAAGUUAUUCAAGAAGAUUGAACAUAAACUUCAUAUUGCCCAAGCCAAGAAAUUAAGAGCAGAGAGACUGCUUGCAAAGAUAGAAGCAUCAAUGGUUCCUGUUAGCCCAUCUGAUGAUCAGGAAACAAUAACCGAUGAAGAGAGAUCUGUCUUCCGCAGGAUUGGUUUGCGAAUGAAGGCAUAUUUGCCUCUUGGCAUACGUGGUGUUUUUGAUGGUGUUAUAGAAAAUAUGCACUUGCAUUGGAAGCAUAGAGAAGUGGUGAAACUAAUAUCCAAGCAGAAAACUCUUUCGUUUGUUGAGGACACAGCACGACUAUUAGAAUAUGAGAGCGGUGGAAUUUUAGUGGCAAUUGAAAGAGUUCCCAAAGGAUUCGCACUAAUUUUUUACCGUGGAAAAAAUUAUCAACGACCUAUCAGCUUGAGGCCUAGAAAUCUCCUGACAAAGGCUAAAGCAUUAAAACGUGCAGUUGCAAUGCAACGCCAUGAGGCACUCAGCCAACACAUAAUUGAGCUGGAGAAAACAAUAGAGCAGAUGAAACUAGAUCUGGGUAUCUCAGAAGGUGAAGAAAGAGAUACAAAUAAUCCACAGCUUAUUCAAACUGGUUCCACUUCAUGUUUAAGUCAGAUCAAAAAUGAAGACACCUCUGUUGAGUCUGAAGAUGUCGAUGACAGUGAUGAUGAUUAUAAUGAUGAUGAAGAUUCAGAUUUUGAGGCAAACAGUUCCGACUUAUGAUCUAUGAUGCUGGAAUUCUUGUGUACAAUGAUUCUUUUGAGCAUUCUAUCAAUGCAUGUUGCUGGAUAAGUGUAUCCUUUUUCCCCCAAUCCUUUAAUUUUGAUGAAACUGUAAUUGUCUAUGCAAAGUUGGCUCAACCCCCAUGCACACACACAAACACAGAAAAGGCACUAGCAUACAGGCAUAAACAUUUCAUCUCCCAUUUAUGAGAACUGGGAUACAAUGACCAUGUUAUUCCAAUGUCAUUGCUAUAUCCGUGCGUCAAAAAAUUGACGAGUUACUUCAUUACUCCGCUGAUUUAGAUACUUUAGGAUGACAUCAUUUGAACCGAUUGUGGAGGCUUUUGAGUAUUUUCUGUCAAGGUGCUUGGGCCAAGGUCAAAAGACAUAGGCUACAUGAAUGGAAGUAGUUGUAAAGAAUUUGAAACAUAUUGUACGAAAAA